AUGCCUCCGAAAAGCUCGGUGCCAAAGUACACCAUCAGGCUGGGCUUGGUGUGGCUGGUGCCGUUGGCCACGCUGGUGCUGGGCUGCUUCCACUGGAUCCCAGUGCUGCUGGCGCUGCUGCUGACGCCGCUGGAGGUGCCAAAGGUCCGGGCGCGGCUUUUUGGGCGCGCCAAGAAGCUGCUGCCCUGCCUUAAGGUGCCCGCGCUGCUGCGGCUGUCCGUGCUGUGGCUCCUGCAGGUUUGGUUCCUCAUCCUUUGGAGAGCUUCAGACGCAGAGCCAGCGAGCAGCAUUGAUGCUGUACAGAAGAUCUCCGUAGUGCUGCCCUGCGCUGGCGAGGGGCAGUAUGCGCUGAACACCGUGCGCGCGGUCUACGAGACCACGCCGCAGUCGGUGCUGCAUGAGAUCAUCGUGGUGGACGACGGCACGGAUCCGCCCCUGGAGCAGAGCUUCCUGACUCCGGAGGUGCUGGACAAGUACGGCGCCACCAUCCUCCGCCAUGCGGAGACAGUGGGUCUCAUCGGUGCGAAGAAGGAUGGUGGCGACGCUGCCACUGGCGACAUAGUUGUUUUCUUUGACUGCCACGUAGCUCCCCAGCCUGGCUGGCACGAGUCCUUCCUCAGGCUGAUUGGCGAGAACUACCGGCGCAUUGUCACCCCUGUCAUCACAGACCUGGAUGUCGGGACAUGGCAGCAGAUUGGGGGCAGCCACGGCCAGGCCAAAUGCUACCUCACUUGGGAUGCAGACUUCAAAUGGUUCAGUUCAGAGGACCCGUAUGUGCCCAUCCUGUCGGGUGGCCUGCUGGGUAUCAGCAAGCGCUGGUGGAACGAGACCGGAGGCUACGAUGUGGAGAUGGUGGGUUGGGGUGGCGAGAACUUGGACCAGUCCCUGAGGAGCUGGCUCUGCGGAGGUGAGAUCAUGAUGGCGCAGGACUCCUUCGUCGCGCACAUGUGGCGGAAGCCCGAUGAUCCGCGGACCCGCGCCAACUAUCAGGUGAAAGCAGGCGCCGCCAGCCGGAACCGGCUCCGCGCGGCCAUGGCUUGGUACGGCGAGUUCUCGGAGAAGUUGGCAUCUUUCCCUGGCCUGCAGUCCAAGCGGCUCAAUCCCGAUGGUACACCCUGGUACGGGAACUUAGAUAACAUCCUGGAGGUGAAGAAGCGGUUGAAGCCAGAGGCCCAGAAUCUUUGA